AUGCAAUUGAAGAAUAAUGAAGAGAACAACGGAGUCUGGAAUGUAAAUAAUAUUGAGGAGGAUAUUAGGAAUGAAGAUUGGUUGAGUGAAAAUAUUAAUAGGAAAAAGAACGAAUGUUGGAAUAGCAUUGUUGAAAACCCUAAUCAGAGUAACAAUCAAAAGGAUGUAGAAGAUUAUAAUAAUAUCGUUGAAACUGCUAAUAAUAAUGAUUAUUGGGGAAGUGAAUUACAAGAUAAUCAAAAUAAUAACGAUUAUCAAGAUAAUGUUGAUUACUGGAAUAGUACAAGUGAAAACAAGAUUAGUAAAGAAAAUGAUAACGACAACUUGAAUGAAGAAGAUACGGUUUCAAUUCCUACACCAAUUACUAUGAAGAAUAAUGAAGAGAACAACGGAGUCUGGAAUGUAAAUAAUAUUGAGGAGGAUAUUAGGAAUGAAGAUUGGUUGAGUGAAAAUAUUAAUAGGAAAAAGAACGAAUGUUGGAAUAGCAUUGUUGAAAACCCUAAUCAGAGUAACAAUCAAAAGGAUGUAGAAGAUUAUAAUAAUAUCGUUGAAACUGCUAAUAAUAAUGAUUAUUGGGGAAGUGAAUUACAAGAUAAUCAAAAUAAUAACGAUUAUCAAGAUAAUGUUGAUUACUGGAAUAGUACAAGUGAAAACAAGAUUAGUAAAGAAAAUGAUAACGACAACUUGAAUGAAGAAGAUACGGUUUCAAUUCCUACACCAAUUACUACCAUUUCAGCUGUAACUCCACCAAAAGAAGAAAAUCCUAAUAUUAGUAAUGAUAAUGAUUUCAAUCAAUCACUAAUCAAAAAAUUAAAUACUUUAUCAACCAUUGAUCAACAACAUCAUGAUGAAAAAAAAUACAAUAGUCAUAAUUAUAAUCCAAGAAUUAUUAUCGAUAUUAAUAAUGUUAUUUCCAAUAAUACAAUUGAUACUACUGGUAAUACAAAUGGUAAAAAAAUUCAAACUUUUGUUUUGAUUGAACAAAAAUUACUUGAUUUUAGUGACGAUGAAGACAAAUCACCAGCUGUAAAUAAUAAUAGUGAGAAGGAAACAACUACUAACACAGCUACUGCAAAAAAAAAGAGAUCAGCGGAUUUUAAGAUAAUUGAUAUGGAAGGUUUCUUAAGGAAAGACCUAGAAGAAGGAUUAAAAAAAAUGGUGAAUGGAGUAAUGAAUAAAAAUCUCACCUCUUCUAUUACUAUACUUGCCAGCAGCACUGGUAAACAAAAGAUGAAAUUCCUUGAUAUUGCUUCACUUGAACCAAUAAAUGCUGCCUUGGUAUUUGAAAACCCGGAAUGUAGAGUUGUUGGUAGGAUAGAAACUUAUUCAUGCAAAUUGGCUGGAGUUGAUAAAAAACUUUACAAGAAUCUUGAAAGUCAAUGGAACAAUAAUUUAUCACAACAAAAUGCUCAAAGUGUUUCACCCGAUGCUCAUUCUUUCGAUACAAUAAUAUCACCUUUUGGUUCAAUGGAUCAACCUUCUUCACGAAGAACUUUGUUUAAUCUUAUUGCAACUUUGAAUGCUUCUUAUCCUGAUUACGAUUUCUCUGACGUUAAACCCGAUCAAUUUACCAAACAACCGUCGGUUCCAAUGGUGUGCAAUUAUAUCAAUAACACUCUAUUUAAUCUAGGACGUGCUCACAUUAUCAAUGAUCUUAUGCUAUGGCAAACUGUUGAUGAUAUUAUUUUUUUGGACGAGUGUAACAUCUAUUCUUUCAAUCCUGACUCUGAUGCUGAUCCAAAUAGUGACGAUGGUGUUAUUACUACUGCACCAUUACAAGAAGAUGAACCUUUAGAUGAUACAAUUUCUGAAACAGAAGAAAGUGAUAUAAAUGCCAUGUCUUACGAGGAAUAUGUCAUGGGUGAUAUUGAGAUGUAA